GUCCGCGACGGGGCACCCAGUCCCAUAGUAGAAUAUGGUCAGUUAAAGGAUGGACUCCUUGGUACUAGCAAUGCCACCGUGUCCUCACCCAUCCCAGGCAUGGCAUCGAAUGACAUCAUUAACGGCACUGAAGCCUUGUCACAGCAUACCAGCAAUGGCGUGAGGGCUGUCGACUACCUCAUUGUUGGCACUGGGCCUGCUGGGGGCUCUUUAGCCACCUUUCUAGCACACAAUGGGCUGAAAGGCUUGAUGAUCAGCAAGGCAGCCAGUACCGCGGAUACACCGCGAGCUCAUAUCACCAACAUGGCGGCCAUAGAUUGCUUGCGAGACGUAGGUUUAGACGAGGAUUGCUACAGCAUCGGCACUCUUGGAGACUGCAUGGUGCACACUCGGUGGUCUCACAGCAUGGCGGGAGAGGAGUACGCACGCAUAUUCUCGUGGGGUAACUCUCCGAAUCGAAAGGGUGACUAUGAGUUGGCGAGCCCUUCACAGCCAUUGGACUUGCCACAGACAUUGCUCGAGCCUAUACUGACUCGGUACGCCACGCUCAACGGUUUCCACUGUCGCUUCGAUACGGAGUUGGUAUCUUUUAAGCAACUGCCCAAUGGCUCGGGUGUCAACUGCACCUUACGUGACCUCUUGUCCGACCAGACUUACGACGUGCAUUGCAGGUACCUCUUUGGUGCAGACGGCGGGCGCAGCCGAAUUGCGAAAGCGCUGCAGCUACCCUUCACCGACAAACCUGGGGGCGGCUUUGCAGUCAACCUUCUCAUUGAAGCAGACAUGGCGCACUUGAUGGAGAAUCGCAUGGGUAACUUGCACUGGCUGCUCCAACCUGACCAACAGACGCCGGACUGGGCCUGGAUAGGCUGCAUACGCAUGGUCAAGCCUUGGCACGAGUGGCUUUGUAUCUUGUUCAUGAAGCCUAGUGCCGAAAGGAAAGCGCGACAGCCGGAAGACUAUGUUGAACGGGUGCGUGAGCUCAUCGGUGACGACUCGAUUGAGUUCACCAUCAAAGGAGUCUCCACGUGGGCUAUCAACGAAACGUCAGCCGACGCUUACUCGAAGGGUGAUGUCUUCUGCCUAGGAGAUGCCGUGCAUCGUCAUCCGCCUAAUCACGGCUUGGGCUCAAAUACUUGCAUCCAAGACUCUCACAAUCUGGCCUGGAAAGUUGCGUAUGUUCAUCGUGGAUGGGCUGGGAGAGCGUUGCUGGACUCGUACAAUGAUGAGCGGCAGCCGGUAGGUUUGGAUGUAGUCACGCAGGCCAAUGCGUCGCUGCGAAAUCAUAUCAAUAUCUGGCGUUUGCUUGGAAGCUUUGAGCCUACGACCGAAGCCGGGAAGGCGGCAUUGGACGUGUUGAAAGAAGACAGUGACAGCGGGCGACAGCGCCGCGCAGAGUUCCAAGCGGCGCUCCGGCUCAUUGAUCGUGAGGAGCAUGGACUCGGUAUCGAGAUGAACCAACGGUACGUAUCGAGCGCGGUGUAUACGCAUGACGAGACAGGCGGUCCUCCACCUUUCGACAGAGACCCACUGGAGCAUUACCACCCCUCCACAUAUCCGGGAGCGCGCCUACCUCACGCCUGGCUAAGCAAAGCUGUACCCUCAAAGGCCAUCUCUACCAUUGAUCUGGCUGGAAAGGGUCGGUUCGUGCUUCUUACCGGCAUUGGGGGCGACGGUUGGGAAGCAGCAGCCAAGACCGCGUCGGCCAAACUUGGAGUGCCUAUUGCGGCUCACCAGAUAGGCUUCCGCAGGGAGUAUGAAGACCGGUAUCUGGAAUGGGCGAGGCUACGAGGAAUCUCCGAGUCAGGGUGUGUGUUGGUCCGGCCGGAUUAUUUCAUCGCAUGGAGAUGUGUGAAGUGGGAGCGAGAUGGUUAUGAAAGGCUGCUUAAGGUGAUGAAAUCGGUUUUGUCACGAUGCGAGUAGCGCUUACUCGAAGAGAUACUGCAGCGCACAUGGUUGAAAGGAGGCUCUCCGAGUAUCCGACCCAUAGACGCUGUAGAAUAUGCUCAGCUCACGGGCAGUGUUGUGGCCCGUAGCAGAUGAUUGCAAUGGUCGCUUCCUGUUGCGAAGGCGUCUUCCCGUUCUAUGAAUAUUGAUCGGUGGUAUGCCGAAGAGCGUGCAGCACAUUCGCCAAGUCGAGCAAGCCGUCACACGAUUCGCAAGCGCC